GCUGUCGCACGAUACAGAGAUCCGGCUCAUAAUCCAGAACAUAGCUCGAGCGUGCGAGAAUCGUCUGUUUAGUUUAAUUGAGAAGUAAGGAAAACUAGGAGAUGACUCAAUCGAUUAGAUAUGCAUCAGCUAGUGAAACUGGUCUCGAUGGACCUGAUCAGGUGCUACCUGCGGACGUAGAUACUACAUGUAACGUCGAUGGCAAAGUACGAAUAAAAUUAGAUAGCAAUGAACUUAAUUCAUAUAUGCCUGUAUCAAUCCCUGGAGUUUUAACUAGAACAGCAAAGCUUUAUUCUGACCAUAUAGCAUUGGUAUCUGCACCUGAUGCCAACGGCAAAAGAACCACAUAUACCUUCCAAGAAUACGAGUCUAUUGUAAAAACCGUCGCAAAAGCAUUUCUGAAGCUGGGUUUGGAGCGAUAUCAUAGCGUUUGCAUAAUGGGGUUCAACAGUCCAGAAUGGUUCAUUACCGAACUUGCGACUAUAUAUGCUGGUGGAUUAGCUACAGGGAUUUAUACUACAAAUUCUCCAGAGGCGUGCCAAUAUUGUGCUGAACACAGCAGGGCAAAUAUAAUAGUCGUUGAAGAUGAGAAACAAUUGCAAAAAAUCUUGCAAAUAAAACACAAUUUGCCUCACUUGAAAGCAAUUGUUCAAUAUGAUGGCAAACCUACCGAAAAGAAUAUUUUGAGUUGGAACGAUUUAUUGAACAUAGGUAAAACAGAAUCGGAGGAUAAAUUAUCAUAUGUAUUAAAGACGAUAGCAGUAAACGAAUGUUGCAUUUUAGUAUAUACGUCAGGAACAGUUGGAAAUCCAAAAGCUGUAAUGUUAAAUCAUGAUAAUAUAUUACAUGGCAUACGCGCAGUAACAUCAACGUUACAAAUAAAAGAAAAAUCAGAAGUUAUAGUUAGCUACUUGCCAUUAUCUCAUGUUGCAGCACAGUUAAUUGACGUCAUAGCAAACAUUAUGUUAGCGACUACAGUGUGCUUUGCAGAUUCAGGUGCAUUAAAGGGUACAUUAUUAAAUACAUUACUUGUGGCACAACCGACUAUUUUCCUGGGAGUGCCUAGAGUAUGGGAAAAGAUAUAUGAAAAGAUGCAAGAAAAAGCAAAAAAUAAUGGUGUAAUAAAAACGUGGAUUGCUAAAUGGGCAAAAGCACAAGGUCUUCAUUACUACACAAAUAAAAUAAAUGGCAUAGAUUACAAACAUUGGGGCUACGUCUUUGCAAAAUGGCUUGUUUUCGACAAAGUCAAGACAGCAUUGGGUUUAAACAAAUGUCACAUGUUCAUUACCGCAGCAGCACCCUUGAAUAUCGAUAUUAAAAAAUAUUUCUUAAGUUUAGACGUAUCUAUAUUAGAUGUAUAUGGAAUGUCUGAAAGUACUGGACCUCAUACAAUAACCGACUGUAAAGAAUACAACCUGCAUAGUGUAGGAAGACCUAUGUCUGGAGUAUAUACAAAAUUAGAUAAUAUAGAUGAACAUGGUGAGGGAGAGGUUUGUAUGAGUGGACGACAUAUAUUUAUGGGUUAUUUAAAUGCACCAGAAAAAACUGAAGAAGCCAAAGAUAAAAACGGCUGGUUACAUAGUGGUGACCUUGGCAAAUUCGAUUCAAAAGGGAAUUUGUUUAUUACUGGUAGAAUAAAAGAACUUAUAAUCACAAGUGGAGGAGAAAAUGUGGCACCGUAUAAUAUAGAACAAUCGAUAUUAUCUGAAUUACCAUAUUUAAGUAAUGUUAUGGCAGUUGGAGAUAAAAGGAAAUAUUUAACAGUCCUUGUCACGCUUAAGAGUAAUAUUAAUGAAGAAACUGGUGCGCCGUUAGAUACGCUGACGCCAGAUGUAUUAAAAUGGGCACAAUCUAUUGGUAGUAGUGCCAAAACGAUUACAGAAGUCAUAAGCUCUCGUGAUGUAGCAAUAUAUGAAGAAAUCAAUGAGGCAAUUAAAAGAUCAAAUAUGCAAGCUGUAAGUAAUGCUCAAAAAGUACAAAAAUUCGAAAUUCUUCCUCAUGAUUUUUCGAUUCCAACUGGCGAAUUAGGACCCACGUUAAAACUUAAAAAGAAUGUAGUUCAAAAAAUGUAUGCUGAUUUGAUAGAUAAAAUGUAUGAAUAAACUAUUCACGCUACCUAAUAAAUUCCGACUAACAAUAAUA